AUGAAUAAUCAGUUUUGUCAGAAAGUAUUGAGUUCGACAACAGUUAUUGAUUUUUUACUCGAACAUUAUAUUGUAUGGCCAUGGGAUAUUACAUGGCAAUCGAAUGAAAAUAAGUUAAAAGAUGUUUGGAGAGAAAUGUUCUCGAAUGAACUUCUGGUUGAUACUGACAUGAAUCAAUAUCCAAUUAUUAUUGGUAUCAAGCCACAUUUUAUAGAGAAAAUGAAUAAUGCUUUAAUAUGUGAAUAUAAAUCCGACACAUUGAUAACUGGUUGUAAUUUGUUGCGAACUGGACAUAUGUCUACACGAGAUAAUGUGUUGACCGAAUUAAAUAACUUCACAAAAGAAUUUAUUAAAAAUGAAAGAGAAUUAGCAAUAGAAUUUCUAGUCAAGAGUGGCAUUUGUAAAGAUGCUAUUCCUGAUCUAGUCAAAAAUCAUAGAUUUAAUGAAUCAGUUAAUCCACGUCUAUGUUCUGUUUUGUCGAUGUUACAUGAAUAUGAAACCGAAGAAAAUAUAUCGCAACGGUCAAAUGCAUCUAAUAGUAGCACAGUUUUCAAUGCCUUAAAUUCUCAACAAGUUACUUCAUUACGUCUUGAUACAUAUUCUUAUCAAACACCGUCCGAAUUAGAUUCAUUACUUUUAUUUGCAAAUAUUGAGUCAUUAGAAUUGAUUAAUUUUGAAGAAGUGAAUUUAAUGAAAUCUUUUCAAACAUAUUUUCCUAAUUUAAAAUGUCUUUCUCUUUGGUAUGACAAUGAAUUGGAUUUCAUUCAUUUGAAUAAUGUUCUGAAUAAUGUUUUCGAACCGAUUAGUCGAUUUGAAGUCCAUUGUUCAGUAGUAGUAUGCAGUGAUUCUUCGGAAAAUGAAUUACAUUUAAGAUUAAUGACCAAUCCAUCAAUUAAAUAUUUUAUUCUCGAUUUGGGCAACCCUACUUCUACUUCAAUCAAUGACAUUAAUCAUCGAUUUCAACCAUGCUCUUUUAAGAAAAUAAUUGAUCUUAUUCAAAAUAUGAAUAGAAUUCAUCAUUUUCGAUUACUAACUUACCGCGACAAACUGAAUGAAUUUUUAGAUUUAUAUUUAUGGGAAAAACUAGCUGAUAAUUGUCAUGCAUUGAAAGAAAUAACGUUGAAUGUCUUCGGAAAAAUCGAACCGAAUGAAGAAAUGAAACAGAAAAUGAUUCAAAUUCGAUCAAUUAUGUCAACAAGGGUUGAAUUUGAAAUUCGAUCAAUAUUACUGAUUCCAUUCAAUUGUUCGAAUUGA